CGAUUUUAGUACAGUAAUUGAAAAUGUGUUCGAGAAAUAGAGCUAUGACUGAUGAUGAGUUAAUAAGAAUACUUGAAGAAGAUAUUCCAUUCGAUUUAUCUGAACAAACCGAUGAAGAGGAUGAUUUUGAACAGGAGGAGGAUAAUAAUACUGAUCACUUUACGGAUGUUUUUGAAAGAAAUUUAGAUAACAUGUUUAAUGAAGACGAAGAAUUAGAUAUUGAAAUGGGACCUGCGGUACCAUCUACAUUACAAGAUAUUACAAAUAUUUUACAUGAAUGCAGGACUUGGAAAAAAAUUGAAGAAGAUAAGAAUAUUGGUCCUUAUUAUUUGCCAGAAGGUGUAAAUUUAGACGAAAUUUCCGAUUGUGAGACACCCACUGAUUUUUUUAUAAAGGUAAUGGGUCCUGCAAUAAAACACAUAACUUUCCAAUCGAAUUUAUAUGCCACCCAAAAAAAUAAAAACUUAAAACUUACCGAAGAUGAACUUUUAUCGUUCUUUGCAUUGAAUUUUUUUAUGGGGUAUCACCAAUUACCUUCCAUUAAAAAUUAUUGGUCAACCGAUAAAGAUUAUGACGUUCCAGAGCUGGCUGUAGAUGAAGCCAUGAUCCUUUUCAAAGGAAGAUCCACGAUUAAACAAUAUAAUCCAAUGAAACCUGUGAAAAGAGGUUAUAAGUUAUGGAUCUUGGCGGAUAAAUGUGGAUUCGUAAAGAAAUUCGAUGUAUAUCAAGGGAAAACCGGUCAAGUUGACAAAAAAUUUGAAAAUUACAAUUUAGGUGAACGCGUUGUGUUAGAAAUGACUGAAGAGCAUUGGGGGAAACAAAAAAUUAUUUAUUUCGAUAAUUUCUUCACAUCGUUACGAUUGUUGGAAAAAUUGAAAGUUGAAGGAACUUUCGCCUGCGGCACUAUACGACAAAAUAGAAAAGGUAUUCCUCCUACCAUUAAUGAUAAGCACAUGAAAAGAGGCGAUUUCGAUCACAAGACAAGUAACACAGGCAUUACAUUCUGUAAAUGGAUGGAUAAUCGACCAGUUCUCUUGGCCUCAAAUUAUAAUGGUAGUAAAGAAACUACAGUAGAAAGAAGAGAUAAAAAAGGGGAAAAACAUCCAAUAAAGUGUCCCGAAGUAAUAUGCGAUUAUGGAAAAUUUAUGGGUGGUGUCGAUCGAGCCGAUCAUCUACGCAGUUUAUAUAAUUUAGACAGAAGAUCUAAGAAAUGGUGGCACCGUUUACUUUUUGGAAUGAUAGAAAUUUCUUUGAUAAAUGCAUAUAUAAUUUAUUGCCAAGCUCGAACUAAAAUGAGCGUGUUGGAGUUUCGUAGAGCUGUCACAAAUGGACUAGCAGUAAAAGGUGCUACUUUACCUUCUACAUCAAGAUUGUCAAAUUCACGCAUCAGCUAUGGUAAUCGUCCGCAAAAGAGAAAAUAUAAUUAUUCGGUAUCUCAAGACUUACGACUAAGUAAUAGAGGUGCUCAUUGGGCACGAUUUGGGAAUCAAAGAGGAAGUUCUAGUCACUCAUUUGGUAGCGCUAGUAUGUAUCUCAAAUUCAGAAAUUCAAACCAUUUCAAUAAUCUAUCCAGUUAUAUAAAGAUCAGUGUAAGACAAUUACCUAAAGUUUGUUUCCAACAAAAAUUUCAUUUACUUAAACCAAGAAAUCAAAUUCACCUCAACUGCCAGCGCAACUUUAAAACUUUUAUUGAUAAAGAAAAUUUACACGCUUAUGAAAUUAUUAAAAGCUCAAAUAUUUUAUUAGAAAAUUACAAAACUGAAUCGAAAGUUGAAUUAAAUGAUGAUCUUAAUUCAAUUUUACUCAAUACAAAUUGGAAAUCAUUAUCGCCCACAGAUCUAACGCAAAAAUUUGUUGAAAUUGCCGAUCAUGCCGCAAUUAAUAACGUUUGUAUAUCAAAUAAAAUUUUUGAUUCAUUAAUUGAUGAAAUUAUAAGAGAAUGUCGUCAAUUAUCUGACGAAAAUGUAUAUGAAUUAUUAAAAUCUUUACGAAAAUGGCCGGAAACCGAAUCAAUAAAGAGUAAUAAUUUUGGUGAUUUAUGGAGUGCAUUAGAUGAUAUGUGUUUAGAACGAUACAAAAAUUGGGAAACUGAUAAAUUAUUUAAAUAUGCUGAGCUCUGGUAUAAGUUAAAUUUAAGCAAAGUAUCAGAAUAUAUGGGCGAAUGUAUAGAUCGAAUUGCACGAAAACCAAAUAAAUUGACAUCGAAGCAAUUAGUUGAAUUAAUGUUUUAUGUAAAUGUACUUCGACGACCAUUAUCGAAUAUGAUCGAUUUUGAAUAUAAAAUUAUGCAAAUUAUGGAUGAAUUAAGUGUAGAUGAAGUGGCAGUAAUUUGUAUGGCUUUUUUUAAAACACAAACUUCAAUCAAAGAUUCAAGAAUUUUAGCAGAAAUUAUACAGAAAGUUCGGAAUAAUGCUGAUACUAUCCAUGAAAUUAGUUUGUGUGCUAUUAUGAAGACAAUUCGUUAUUCACGACAUUUAAAUAUUGUUGAUCAAAUAAAUUGUAUGUUAACCGAUUUAGUCAAACAAAUUGAUCGAGUAUCAUUAUUAAGUUGUAUUCAUAUUGGAUUAAUUGGAACAAUAUCACAUUUAUAUCAUGAAGAAAUUAUUACAAAAAUUGCUGAUAAAUUUUUUAAAAAUAUACAAAAUGCACGAUUAAAGGAUAUUGAACGAAUAAUUUUUAUAAUGACUUUAUACAAUUAUCGACCAAACUAUAUAGAAAAUUUUUAUGGCACCAUUAUUCAAGAGUUACGUAAACGUGAUCCAGAAAUUGAAAAAUAUCCAAGAUGUUUAAUAUCAUCCGUACAUUAUUUAAGUAUAAUGCAAUUAUAUCCUGAAGAUUUGAUACGACGUGUACUCAAACCUGAAUUUUUAAGCCAUACUUAUGGGAAAGCUGUAAUUGGACGAGAAGUAUUCAACUUAGAUACGUGUCUAAAAAUUGAUAUCCCUGAUUAUGAGGGUGAUUGUUUAAGCGAUGAAAAACGAUUGUCUUUAUCCAAACGAUAUACAAAGUGGCCACCAGUUAAGGGUCGUUCAAUGCCCUUAACAGAUAAAGUUAUGUUAGAAGUAAUAGAUAGUUUAACUGAUUUAUUCAAUGGUAAUCAAUAUUUGGAAAUUAAUCAUGUUCUACCGCAUUUUGAACGAGCUGACAUAAUAUUUGGAUUAGAUCGACAAACUCAAAAGCCAAUCGAUGUUAGAAAUGCAUUUUCAAUUUAUAAAUUAAGUGAUAUUAAAAACCCACUGAAAAUGGAAAAGGAAGUGGAUUGGUAUGCAAUGGUUAUCGGUGGUUGGAAUCAUUUUAUCCGUGGUAGUAAUCAACCAACUGGUCCGAUUGGAAUGAAAAUUCGGCAACUGGAAAAAAUUGGGUAUCAUUCUAUAUUGGUGGAUUAUUCCGAAUGGCGCGCUCUAAUGUCACCAGAAUUAAAACACAAAUAUUUAAAAAAUUUAAUUCGACAUAAAUGUACAAAUAUGUAUGAACAAAAGUUGUAG